AUGGGGAGCACUGUUCGCAAAUCUACCAGUCAGAUAUUUGAAAGAGACCCAGUUGAUGAUAAAGCUACAUGUGCUCAAACACAAGGGCAGGACGUCACUUAUCAUUUGAAGGACAUGAACUUCACGCCAAGCGUUUCUAAUAGUGUUCUACGCAAAUUUUCGAAAAACAGCAGUUUUCCUGGAGUAUUAACAAAAUACUUAAGUCGCCAGGAGAUGCUCAAUUUUGAUGCUAAGCAUUCCGGAAAAAGAAGUAGGUUUUUGAAGUUAGAAAUACGAAAGGGCAUUAUACACAUCAUAUCCAUUCAACUUGCACAAGAGGGGCAAUUAACGAAAUUUUCGCAACAUCAACUUUCUCAACAAAUUGAUGGUUUUAACUUACAAAUUCUAUCGCGUGUUAUAUACAUAUUAUACAACCAGAUAACGACUAUCUCUACUGAAAUGCCAAAACUAAGGGCCGAAGAUUAUUGUAAUAAGCUUAAGUUAAGCGAAGAUUUAAUAUUGGAAAAUAAAAGGUUGUUAAAUGAAAAUGAGUCGGUAAAACAGUUAUUACGAGAAAAAAAUGACCUCAUUGAAAAACUUCAGGAAGAGUAUCUAGAAAAAGAAAGUCACUUCAAAGAAGAAAAAAAACAUUUGGAAAGUGGAAUACGGCAGUUCAAGGAAACAAUUCUCAGUCUUGAGGAACAUAUAAAGGGACUUGAAAACGAUAAAAAAGAUCUGUUAUCCGAUAUAGGAAGACUCUCGGUUGAGAUCGACUCCAAAAUAACCAAAGAAAAAGAUAUCGAGAAUUUUAAGAAAAUAUUUUCCAGCAAGUCCGCUUCCUCUGUAAACGCAAGUGAAGAAUCCGCCGAGAUAGUCGUCUCUCCUGAUAAUCAUCGCACUGAAGAAAAUAUUCCUCGAAAUCAAAACCAACCAGACCGUGUUGGAUCAAGUUCAGGUGUGCUCCCUUCAAAUGAAAGCAAUGGUUCAUCUGAACCGCUGCGUUUUCCAGUCCAAAUACAAGAAACAGAUGUUGCUGAUGGAGGGAAUACAUCUCUUUCGUCAGCCAUAUCUUCAGUCCAUAAUGCAUAUAAACAACUAUUGCUAGCCGUUGCCAAUAGUUUGCUCACCGGUGAUGUCAUGAAGCUAAAAGAUUGGGCUCAUGAACAGUUUUCAGUCGCAACGAAUCUUACUUCAACCGAAGUCAUUCUUCAAUUGGACCGAAAAGAUGUUAUCAACAUAUCGAAUACAAGCGUGCUUCGCGAAUUCCUCAAGUCAAUUCUGAGAAUUGAUUUAGUUCACCUCAUCGAUGAAUACAACAGCGGAAACUAUGUUAAUUUGAGAAGGUAUGUUGUUAAAAUUAAGGAAAAGAGCGUGAGCAGCACACGGGAAGUAAAUCGGGCGUACGCAUCUCGUAGAAUUCCGUCUCAACGAGAGAUAUCUGAACAAAACCUCCCCCCUGUUCGUACAGACACUAUGGUCAUGCCUCCUGUCAGUAAUCAACAUGACAUAGCCAAUGUUCAUCAUCAGAAGCCCAGCACAGCGGUCUCAAGACGAAAUAGAUUGUGCACGCUUGAAGAUGUCCCUAAUGGCCGUGCAAGAGAUACAGCAAGAGGUAACGAAAGUAGAUCAAGAGAAGCAAGCAAUGGGACUACAGAGAAUUCAAGACAUCAAGAGCACCGAACACGUGCCCGUAACCAAAACGCACAAUUCAAUUUUCCAUCCACAUCAAAUAAUCCAAAUGGUCGGUCUGAGAGAUCAAACAAUGUGAAGAAACAACCAGAUAGGUGGUUGUGUAAUCACUACAAAAGACGUUGCAUGGUGAAAUUUGAAUGUUGUGAUAAAUACUGGGCUUGUCAUCGUUGCCACAACGAGACGAGCACGUGUCAGCAAAAGAAACUGAAAUCACGUGAUACGACGAUGGUAAAAUGCAUGGAAUGCGAUAAAGAGCAACAGUUCGGUCAAUUUUGUGUUUCGUGUAACAGUCAAUUCGCUGAUUUUUACUGUGGUCUUUGCAAACAUCUUACUGGAAGAGAUGAUCAUCCCUAUCAUUGCGAGAAAUGUGGAAUUUGCAGAAUCCACGGAGAUCGUUCAUUUCAUUGCGACGUCUGUGGUGUUUGUCUUGAUGUUCAGCUCAGAGGAAAUCAUAAAUGUCGUCCAGAUUCCGCUCAUGACAACUGUGGUAUCUGUCUAGAGGAUGCGUUUACGGGAUGUCAAAUUUUGCCAUGUUCCCACAAAGUUCAUAAAGAAUGCUCCAAGUUAAUGAUUCAAAACGGAAUGACUCGCUGCCCAAUAUGUCGAGAAAGUUUUGCCCACAAACUUCAAAGAAAACCAGUUAGAAAACAAACAAUAAAAACAAGGUGAUUUAAGUCAGUAAAUCACUCUGCUCUCUUGGAAUUAUGGGGUGAACUGAAGAUUUUUAGACUGAUUGGGACAUGCAUUGAUAUCAUUACGAUAGCGUAAUUAUCGUAUUUUUACGUCACUGAACCAUUAUCAGAUUCCCGAGAAGGCAGAAAUUUGUGGCAAACUCGUUAUCAACCACAUGAUGCACGUGAGCAAGUAAAUAAAUUAAGAUUUUGGAUGGAAUUUAACAUGCACGCGCAUGGCACGUUGAUUGGGUGGAUUCAUUCAGAGAUCGAGGAGAACAUACAUUUUCGGGAAGCAAUGAAGAGCAAGUGAAGAAGCUAUCAAUAUAAUCGUAAUUUUUGGGUCUUUUUUAAUUUUUCGCAUAACAUGCAGUAUAUUAGCGAUUUAAAAAUUUUCAAACUAGGGCAUAAAGAAAUAAGUCUCCUUUAAUUAAUAUGAGAGUAUAAUGAAGAUGGAAGCUUUCGAUCAUUCUCAUUUAACUUUCCAUGGUAGAUAGAUAGAUAUCAGAUGAUAUCAGACUUACAGAUUUCUUUUGUAAGUGCAAUAGCUCACAAUGGAAAUCCGUCGGGCAGAACUGAAUAUAUGAAUGAACACCCCCCCAAUUAUCGUUCUAGUUACGGCCCUGGAUCGAAGGCCCUCUGCUGAGCACGAUCUUUUUCUUUAGAGACCUGUUUAUCCAGGGUGGUUCAUUUACUACGAUUGUUUAGGAAGACAUAGGAAUGAUAAUAUCCAUAACGGUUGUAACCACUUCUUCCAAGAUAUUUACUUUAGCGUCGCACGUAGUUUUGUUAUGUACUAGUGCAACUACAUUGCCAGACGCUUGGUUGGUUAUCAAUCUCAGGUUUUAAUUGAGAACUUGGUCUGGUAGGUUUCUGGUUUAACUUUAGUUUGGACUUUAACUGUGACAUGAUCUGAGAGCCAAAAUCGGGAGAGCUUUAUUGGGGUGUCUUAAUAAGGGUUUAGGUUAGUAAGGAUAAUAUCUAACUUAUUUUGUCCCCGAGUUGCAUGCAUGCAAAUUUGAUUAUAUAUUUUUUUCAGCUUAAAGUCAUUUUUCAAUCUAGUCAUGUCUAUAGCAUGUUGAAAUCACCGAGUAGGAUAAUUCCAGUAUUCCA